UUCAUGGUAUGAGUUCGGUGGUAAGUGUAUCUUAAGGAAUAUCUCCCAUGAGAACAUUCCCGUGCCGCGUGCGACGGGGUGGGGGGGCGUUGCGCCUUGUUUGCGAGCAACUUCGCCUUUCCUUUCUUUUGACCUUUUGGCGCUGUGCUGUGGCCCUCGCAAUUCGGCGGAAAGCCCGUGACCCAGCAAAUCCCGCCCGGUCCUUUCCGCUCCCCAAAAGGGGUCUAGCGUCUCACGUGGCCGAUUCGCUGAGUUACGGCACGCGCAGUAAACCAGUUGCGCACAGCCCUCCUCGGCCGCCGAACAGGUGGGUCGGGUGUGUGGUCGAAGUUUCAGCCUACACCGCACAGAGCUUCCGUGGUAUAAAGUUCCAAACUGUCUUCACUUAACUACAUACGGUCCGUCCCCCAGUUCCAUAUCGGAGGAUGAGAAUAAUUUGGCUUCAAAUGAACCAUGUAUGGAGUACGGAAUGACGAGCUGCAUAUAGUAUAUUCGCGGGAUGGGAUUCGUUUCUCCCGAACCCAUCUUGUCGAGCUUACCGAGGGUUUUCCAUGCUUAGCCUCUUGAGCUGCGGCACCACAUACUCGUACUGUAAUCGGGUGAUGGCGAUACCCAAUGUCUCUACGUCGGACGGCAUGUAUUGGGAAGGGUAGGGGCCUGAUACCUGCACUGCACCGCAGCUAACUCCGCCCCUUCAAGUCCACAAGCAAAGGCGCGCAGAGAUACCUUUGUUCAUAAGUUGUCUUUUCACGGCGCAUAUGCUGGUCACUACUUCUCUUGUCUAUGCACUUCACUUUCGCUCCGCAUCUGCAG